GUUCGACUAACAAAAAUGGCUUCCUCUGCAACUCCCUCCACUCUCAUGCUAUCCCGCGGCGCUUCCUCUCUUCUUCCCCAACACCUCACCCCUUCUCUCUCCUUCAAACCCAAACCAUGCUUCUUCAACUUCUCCAACUCUUUCUCUCUCUACCCACUUGUCUUACAUUUCACACACACAAAAUCGAACCAUUGGAUUGAUGUUUCUUCACCCAAUUCCCCAGUUGUUGUGGCCGCUUUGUCUGCUGAAGCAGAGCUAGCAGAAGAAACUGAACAACUCCAAGAGGGUGUUGUGGAAAGUGUUGUUGUUGUUACCCCAACUAAACCCAAGAAAGGCAAAGCUGCAUUGCCUCUCAAGAGUGACAGAAGAAGGUCUAAGAGAUUCUUGGAAAUUCAAAAAUUGAGGGAAAACAAGAAAGAGUAUGACUUAAAAACAGCAAUAUCAUUGCUCAAGCAAAUGGCAAGCACAAAGUUUGUCGAAACAGCUGAAGCUCAUUUCCGUCUCAACAUUGACCCAAAAUACAAUGAUCACCAGCUGAGGGCAACAGUGAGUUUUCCCUGCAUUUGA